AUGUGUUUCCCUCUGUGUCCAGCAGAGGUCAGCAUGACAGCACAUCAGAGAGAGGAGAGGUUUAUUCUUGUUAGUGAAAAGUGUUCAGAGUGAUAAACUCACACUGCAGAGAAAAGCUGAUGAAAUAAGUGAGAAGUUUCUGAUCUUCUGUCAAAUGUCUGUCACUAUAAUCAUGUCUGAGCCUGAAGCAGGAAACAAACCCUGACAAACAGAGCUGCAGUGAGAGGUGGAGCAACAGUAGGAACAGGUAAACUGCAACGUCACAUUCCUGAAAUGAAACUGAAAGUUAGUGAGAGCGACAGCAGAGCUGCAGUCGAGACAAAUCUCUGUGUUUCUGUCUAAAGAAAAAUUAAAUAGAGUUGAUCAGGAUUUCCUCAACAACUGCUCAGAUCCUGUGUGUCGACAUGUCUGCUGCCAGCAACCUGAGAUCUGAAGAUCAGUUCCUGUGCUCCAUCUGUCUGGAUGUGUUCACUGAUCCAGUCACUACAUCAUGUGGACACAACUUCUGUAAGAACUGCAUCAAUGAACACUGGGACAUUAAUGUCCCAUGUCAGUGUCCCAUGUGUUACAAAGUUUUCAACACAAAACCUGAGCUUCACAUCAACACUUUCAUCUCUGAGAUGGUUGCUCAGUUCAAACUUGAAGCUCAACAGAAAACCAGCAGCAGCAGCUCAGAGCAACAAGUUUCCAAACCAGUAGAAGUUCCCUGUGACGUCUGCACUGGAACCAAACUGAAGGCCCUGAAGUCCUGCCUGGUGUGUCUGACCUCCUACUGUGAGACUCACCUGGAGCCUCACCUGACAGUGUCAGGCCUGAAAAGACAUCAGCUGAUCGACCCUGUGGAGAACCUGGAAGACAGGAUGUGUACGAAGCACGAUAAAGCUCUGGAGCUGUUCUGUCAGACCGACCAGACAUGUGUCUGCAUGCUCUGCUCUGUUUUAGACCACAAGACACAUGAGUUUGUUCCUCUGAAAGAAGAAUAUGAAGGAAAGAAGGCAGAGCUGGAGAAGACAGAGGCUGAAAUUCAGCAAAUGAUCCAGAAGAGACGACUGAAGAUUCAGGAGAUCAAACGGCUAGUCAACUUCAGCAAAGAAAAAGCAGACGGUGAAAUAGGAGAAGGUGUUCGGGUCUUCACUGCUCUGGUGGAGUCUGUCCAGAGAAGCUUGAAUAAUCUCAUUGACCAGAUUGAAGACAAACAGAAAACCACAGAGAAACAGGCUGAAGACUUCAUCACAGAGCUGGAACAGGAAAUCUCUGAGCUGAUGAAGAGAAGCACUGAGGUGGAGCAGCUCUCACUCUCUGAAGACCACCUCCACCUCCUCCAAAGCUUCCCAUCCCUGAAAGCUGCUCCACCCACCAAGGACUGGACAGAGGUCAGAGUCCAUUUCCCAUCAUAUGUCGGGACUGUGGUGAGAGCUGUGGCUCAGCUGGAGAAGACGCUCAGUGAAGAGAUGAAGAAGGUGACUGUGACUGAGCUGAAGAGAAUUCAGCGAUAUGCAUUCACUGUGACAUUUGAUCCUGAUACAGCACAUCCUGAACUCAUCCUGUCUGAUGAUGGAAAACAAGUAAAUCAUAGUGAUGUGAGGAAAAAUCUCCCAAACAACCGAGAGAGAUUUUCUGAUUGUCUCUGUGUCUUAGGAAAGCAGAGUUUCUCUUCAGGCAAAAUUUACUACAAAGUUCAGGUUAAAGGAAAAACUGACUGGGAUUUAGGAGUGGUCAGAGAGUCGAUCAACAGGAAGGGAUUCAUCACAUUGAGCCCUGCGGAUGGUAAUUGGACGAUAUGUUUGAGAAAUGGAAAUGAGUACAAAGCUCUUGAUGAGCCUGCAGUCCGUCUCUCUCUGAAGUCUCAGCCUGAGAAGGUGGGGGUGUUUGUGGAUUAUGAGGAAGGUCUGGUCUUCUUCUAUGACGUAGCUGCUGCAGCUCUCAUCUACUCCUUUACUGGCUGCUCCUUCACUGAGAAACUCUAUUUGUAUUUUGGUCCUUGUCCUAAUGGUGGUGGUAAAAACUCCGCCCCUAUGAUCAUCACACCAAUCAACCGCACUUAAUAGACCAGUUAUUAACUGUGUAUGAACACAACUUGUGUUAAGUGCUAAGAAUAUAUUAAUUGGUAAUUCUCAGUGUAAUUUGUCUUUAUUGAUUCUUUUUUGAUUGAUUUAGUUGUUUUUUGUUAUGAUAAUAUGUUUACCUUGCAUUUAUCCCACUGUUUCUCCAUGUUGAUUGUUGUGGGACCCACUAAUGUGUCAGGAAAUGAGUUAAAAUGUGUAAAAUGGCAGAUAUUUUGAAAACCUCAGCUGUGUGUGAAGGUGUACACCUUGAUAUGAUCAGGUUCUAGGUUCUCACAGGAGCAACAAUCCAUUAAAGGUGUUGAGGUUACAAGUAUAAACUGUACAUACAAUAAUGACAUUACUAAUAUCAAAUUCCCAAAUGUAUUGAUUUAAAUGUCCAUUAAUCAGUAUUCUAAAGCUUUUUAGCUCCUUGCUUUGGUCUAUGGCACAUUUUACUGUUUCAGCUGUUUUCUUUAAAAUCAUGUCUGGGGUAGAUGGUCAGUCUGAUUGUGAUAAACAAUAUAAACAACAUUAUUUUAAAAUUAUUCUAAUUUUAAUGCAUAAGAGAAUAUAAACAAGUUAAUUUGGGAAUAUUUUGUUAACAUUAUAAUAUAUUUGCCUGUUCUGUUCAUCAUAAGUAAUAAAAUAGAUCAAUUUUGCCUAUUUUGACUCAAGAUAUGUGCUAUGCAAAACAAAAUUCAAUAACAGUUGUUUGAUAAAUAUUAUUAAAACAAUAAAUAUUGUAAAACAAUGCAUAUGUCCAGAAUACUAUGCUUAUUGAGACAAAAAUCAAAAGUUAAUUAAUGAAAUUUAAUGUGUUUUUAAUUUGUUGUAACCAUCCCCAAUGAAUGAUAUGUCAUAUGUAAUCAUCUUUAAUUGGUGGGUAAUUAGCUACAGAUGUAAGUUUAAUAUGUAAAAGUUUGGUUUGGGUCUCAGAGUAAC